AUGGAGCUCCUGCGCGUAACCCUGUUGGUGCUGGCGUGCGUGCUGGUGGCGGACGCGGGGCUGGCGCACCUGGCGCACAAGGCCAAGCUGCUGGCGCGCCUCAAGGCCCACCACAAGCGCCACCUCCCCACCUACAAAGUCGGCCACGACAUCCCCCGCGUCACCCACUCCCUGCUCAAACCCCUGGUCGUCACCUACCCCCCCACCGCCACCGUCGCCGCCGUCAAAAUACCCCUUCACCCCCCUCCGGGCUACCCCGUGCCCGUGGGCCAUAGAGUCCCCGGCCUCCCGCACCCCCACUACGACCUGAAAUUCCCGCUGAAGGACCACCACUACCAUCAUCACCACCACCACGUCGCGCCCACGCCAGAAGUUCACGUGGCGCAUGCCGCUCCCGCGCCCGUCCCCGUGGCCCCCGUGGCGCACGCCGCCCCCACCCCCGUGGUUCCUCUGCCCCAUCCUACCCCACUACCUCUGGCACCAACGCCCCUAGUCCUUCCCGCUCCGGCUCCGGCGCCCCUGCCAGUAGCGCCCCCACCCUUCCACUUUCUGCAGAACAACCUGUUCAGAGCCAACAGGCCGCUCCUCCCAGCGGCCGUAGCCCCACUCCAGCCUGCCGUGCUCCCCGCUCCUCAGCAGUACGUGAUCCGCCCGGGAGGUGCGGUCCAGACGUCGCUGUUCGCCACGUUCCCUCGCUACCCUCUGAUCAACAGCUACCAGGCCCCGCUGUUCCCGUUCGCCCCCGCCCCGGCAGUGCCCGCCGCACCUGCUGUCCAGCAGCUGCUAGUCCACCGUCCGCAAGUCCCGCAAUUUAACGUCGUCCACGGGGGCGAAACAGGCCUGAUCGCUCACCACACGCCUUUAGCCGUCGAUCAGCCCCACCUGCAUACGGUAACUCCGCAGCCCGAAUUCCACGUUCAGCCCCACCUGCACACGGUAACUCCUCAGCCCGAAUUCCACGUUCAUCCCCACCUGCACACGGUAACUCCUCAGCCCGAAUUCCACGUUCAUCCCACUCAGGAGACCCUAGCUCAUACUCCCCUCCAUUUGCACCCGACUCAGGAGACGCUACCCCAGACUCACAUCGUUCACCCGACGCAGAUACCUCAGCCCGCCGUCUUGCAGCCCCACCCCACUGUGGCUCUAGACCACGACGGCUGGUCCCCCGUGCACCCGACGGCCCAACAGCCCGAGGUCCACUACCCGAACGUUCACCAGCUCACGGCAGAGGGGCACGACGAUCAGUUCCACGACUACCAGCACCAGCUGCAGCACGCCCUGCACCAGAUCGAGCAGGCGCAGCACCACCACCACGUCGGCCAGGAGUACGGCGCCCCGCAGCAGACGUACGGCCAGCCCGGUCAAGACUUCUCCCAGCACGGGCAAGACUUCCAUCAUCAGUACGACGUGUCGCAGCAGUACGGGGUGCCGCAGGGGGUGGAGGGCCGCAGCGGGGAGGGAGACGGGGAGGACACCAACCUCUUCCACAACCACAUACCACUCGCCCUGCAACCUCCGAUCGACAGGCCCUUGGAGCACUUCCGGUAG